CCUCAAUCGGCCAUCAAAUGUCAAUACUUGUCCUCAAGAUAUUUCAAAAGAAAACAACACAAGAAAAACUAUUAAAAAUUAGGAAAUUCUAAGAAAUGGCACAACAAACUGUUAGACAAACUAUAAAACAAGUCAAACCUAUUUUGUCGCUGGAUAAAGAAGAAGCCAGAAAAAGGGUGGUCAGUUUAUACAAGGCUUGGUUCAGGCAACUGCCCUACAUAGUCAAGCAAUAUGAUAUGCCAAAAUCAGUAGAACAGCUCAGAGAUAGACUCCGAGAGGAAUUCAAUAAACAUCAAGACAUUAAAGAUGUGAGAAUCGUUGAUAUGUUGGUAAUCAAGGGCCAAAUGGAACUUAUGGAAACUGUAAAUAUGUGGAAACAAAAAGGCCAUAUGAUGGCAUACUUCAAAGACACUUGGGAACCAAAACCAAAAGAUUUUUUGUCCAAAUUUUUAUCAGGAAAGGACUAAAAUGUCUAGAGUGAAAUAUUAUUGUAGAAUGUAUAAAGUAAAAUUUGAAUAAUUUAAGAAUAAAUGAGCUACUGUUGAAAACUAGUGUAAAGAUCUUUAGACAGGGAUAUAGAAGAUGACUUGAUGCAUAUAUGGUGCACUGGCAUUGAAUAAUAAACAAUAAAUUGUGC